CUUCAAGCCUAAGUAAAAUGUCAGCUAGUGGGGAAGCGGGAAGGUCUCUGAUUCUCUUUCGCUCUUUAUCUUUCGAUUCACUGUAAACAAAACGAUCCUCUCCUUCAAGGCUAAGCAAUAAUCAAAGAUAUAAAUUCUAGGUAGAUGGAUCGAGCUGAACUAGCUAGAACAAAUUGAUAGCACGCAGAAGGAAGAAACAGUAUAGUACAUAGGAAUUAUUUAGAUAAUGGACAAGGAUAGUAGUAAGCCGAAGAAAGAAGUUGGAGGUAGGAGCUUGAUUGAUUCGGUCUUCUCUUGGUCUAUUAGAGAUGUUCUCAAUAAAGAUCAUUACAAAAACCAGGUAACUACGAUUCCUGAGACGUUCUUGACGGUAACGAGUUACAUGAAAGCAUUUGUUCCUUCACUUCUUGAGGAAACACAUGAUGAAUUACGCUCUAGCAUGAUGUCCCUGUCGCGGGCACCAACUUGUGAAAUUCUUACAGUUGAAACUUCCAAGGAUCAUAAACCACCCAAAGACUUGUUUUACCAAAUUACAUAUAAGAGGAGACGAGAAGAUUAUGUAGGAGCAUAUGAGCCUGAUGUUGGUGAUGUCAUUGCCUUGACAAAUGUGAGACCAAAAUAUAUUGAUGAUUUGAAUAGAUCCAGAAAUUCUUAUCUUAUUGCUUAUGUUAUUGGAUCACAACACGGAAGUUCUGAUAAACAUCUGAUACUCGCAUCAAAGUCUAUCAAUGGAGGAGGAGAGUCAGGAAACAAAAAGAUUAAGAGCAAGAGUGAUACACUUUUUGCUGUUUACCUCAUGAACAUGACAACAAACGUACGUGUAUGGAAAGCUCUGAACUCAGAAUUAAGCUCAAACACAAAUCUGUUUAAGAAGGUUCUGGAAGUUCAACCACCAAAUUCAUCACAUGGUCAGAAUUCUUGCACAAUUUGUUUUUCCAAUUAUAACGGCUACCCUGAGCUUUCUACUAGAUGGCCCACAAUGUGUUCUGAUCUAAAUGAUUCCCAAGAGGCUGCAGUUUUGAACUGUAUCAGUUUGAGUAAGUGCCAUCACCAGAAUACGGUCAAGCUAAUAUGGGGUCCUCCAGGGACUGGAAAAACAAAGACAAUUGGUCUGUCACUAUUUGCUCUAUUGCAGUUAAAGUGCAGAACACUGACGUGCACUCCCACCAAUAUUGCCAUCGUUGAAGUGACAACACGGCUCCUGAGGUUGGUUAACCAGUCAUUGGAUUAUGGCAAGUAUGGACUUGGAGAUAUAAUUCUAUUUGGGAAUAGGAGGAGAUUGAAGAUUGAUAAUUUUGAUGACCUUCUUGAGAUAUUUCUUGAUCAUCGUGCUGAUAUUCUGUCCGAAUGUUUUGCCCCAUCGUCCGGUUGGAAACAUUGGCUAGAGUCAAUGAUAGAAUUGCUUGAGGAUCCAAACAAACAAUACUCAUUGUAUUUGCAAUCAAGAAGGAAAAGAUGCAAUUAUAAACAUGAAGAUUCAGGUGAAAGGAGCUCAGCAAGUGAUGAUGAAAAUGAUAUUUUGACGUUUGAGCAGUUUGUGCAGGAGAGACAGUACUCACUGUAUUUGAAAAACAGAAGCGAAAAGUACAAUGAUGAUGGUAAAGACAGUGAUAAUAGGAACUCAUCCAGUGAUGAUCACAAUGGUUUUUUGACAUUUGAGGAGUUUGUGAAGGAGAAACAGAAUUUCAUUGGUAAGAAUCUGAAGCUGUGUAUGGUAAAUUUGUACACUCACUUGCCAACUUCUUGCAUUUCAUUAAAGGUGGUGAAGGACAUGAUUAAAGCUAUUAAUUUGCUCGAGUCAAUUAAAUCUUUAGUGUGUCAGGGGGUUGGCAUUGCUAGUGAAAGGUUUCAAUUGGUCCUGAACAGUUGUGUUCAUAUACUGAGGUCACUUCGUGCAUUUUCUUGUCCAACUUCUAACUAUGAUGGUCAGACAAUAAGGAAAUUGUGUUUGGAAAAUGCUUGCUUAAUAUUUUGUACUGCAUCAAGCUCUGCAAAAUUGCACAUGGAAGGAAGCAAACCACUGGAACUUUUAGUCAUUGACGAAGCUGCUCAGCUUAAAGAAUGUGAAUCAGCAAUCCCUUUACAACUACCUGGUCUUCGACAUGCUAUACUCAUAGGAGAUGAGAGGCAACUUCCUGCUGUGGUUAAAAGCAAGAUUGCUGAGAAUGCUGGUUUUGGAAGAAGCUUGUUCGAGAGACUAGUCCUAUUGCGACAUGAAAAGCACCUUCUCAAUGUCCAGUAUCGAAUGCAUCCAUCAAUCAGCUUAUUUCCGAAGAAGGAGUUUUACAAUAAUCAGAUAUUAGAUGGUCCAAAUGUCAAUGAAAGAAGCUAUGAGAAAUGCUUCCUUGAGGGAAAAAUGUUUGGAUCUUACUCCUUCAUAAAUAUAGCUGAUGGAAAAGAAGAAUUUGAUCGUGGACACAGUUCGAAAAAUAUGGUUGAGGUUGCUGUUGUCUAUCAGAUAGUUCUUAGCCUUUUCAAAGAAUUCACUCGAACAAAGAAGAAGGUUAGUAUUGGGGUAAUAUCACCUUACAAAGCCCAAGUCAAUGCAAUUGAAGAGAGAAUCAGAGAAUACAGUACAGAUCAUUUAGCUGGAACUGGCUUCUCUCUAAGUGUUCGGUCUGUUGAUGGAUUCCAAGGUGGUGAAGAGGAUGUGAUAAUCAUCUCCACUGUUAGAUGUAAUGGGAAUGGAUCAAUUGGUUUCCUUUCAAAUCAUCAAAGAGCAAAUGUUGUACUAACACGUGCAAGGCACUGUCUUUGGAUAUUGGGGAAUGGACUGACCUUGUCUAAGAGUAACUCUAUCUGGAAGAAUCUAAUCAUUGAUGCCAAGAAUCGCAAUUGUUUUUACAAUGCUGAUGAGGACAACAACUUGUCUCAGGCUAUUGGAUCUGCCCUUGUGGAUCUUGACAACGUUCAAGUUUUAUUCAAUUCUGAUUCUCCGCUGUUCAGAAAUGCAAAAUGGAAGGUUUACUUUGCCAAUGAAUUUAACCACUCCAUUGCAAAAAUUAAAGACCCCAAGAUUCGUCAGGAAGUGGUUUCUCUACUGAGAAAGCUUUCAAGUGGUUGGCGCCAAUCUCAUGAGGCGAAAUUCUUUGGUAGGACUUCUUGUCAGCUGUUAGAGAAGUAUCGAGUUGAUGGGAUCCUGAACUUGAUUUGGAGUGUGGACAUUCUCCAAGAGAAUUCACAACAUGUACAGAUUAUACAAUUUUGGGAUAUUGUGCCACAUUCUGAUGUUCCAAAUCUCACAAAGCGUCUUGACAACAUUUUCGGGAGUUACACAGUGGAUAAGGUUAAUCGCUGCAAACAAAGAAGUCUUGAGGGGGACGAUGUAGUUCCAAUUAGAUGGCCAGUGGAAUAUUCAAGCAGUUGCAGUGAAUCUGAUCCUCUGGAGUUCCUUUCAACACCAUUAUCUUGUCUCGCUCUGAGGGACGAGCCAGCUGAAAGUUCAACUGCAUCUUAUAUGAGAAAUAAUGCUUCCAACAUGAGUGGAAAGAAGGCCACCGGAUCAAAACCAAGGUGGUAAUUAAAUGCGAUGAGAAGAGGACAUUAUGCAAGGCCAAAAGCAGUGGAAUAUGUUGAUUAUGCCUCAUAUGGAUGUUGUAAACAUUACAUAUGAAAUAGUUGCAGCUAUCCAAUAUUUUGGCAAAAGUUGAUUUCAAGUGAUCUUAAAUAUUGCAAUAUUUGAAACAAUUAUUGUUCAAUAUGAACCGCUUACAUUAUUUUAUAGUGCUUUGGUUUAGUAUGGUUUGAUGGAUUA